AGAUCAGAGUUGACUGUUUGGGGAGAUGCGUCUCGUCUCUGCCACCGCCAACCAGUCUUACUUUCUGUUAAUGUGAAGAAAAGAAACAAUAAUAUUAUCAGUAAUAAUGCCAUGCUUAUAAAGUGGCCGUGCGACUGAGAACUGGGGAGUGAAUGAACUUACCGAUGAGAGAGCCAGUCAUUCCGGGGACAAGUAUGGCUUAUCAUCCGUUCUUACCUCACCGGGCACCGGACUUUUCCAUGACUGCUGCGUUGGGACAUCAGCCUCCGUUCUUCCCCGCGCUCGCCCUGCCGCCGAGCGGCGCCGCCUCACUAACACUCCCGGGCGCACUUAACAAGCCCAUUGUGGAUCAGCUUGUCGGCGCAGCUGAGGCUGGAAUCGCUAUAUCGGCAAUGGGCCACCAGCCUUCGCAUCUGAGGCCUCUUAAGACUCUGGAGCCCGAGGAAGAAGUGGAAGACGACCCAAAAGUUAUACUCGAAGCUAAAGAUUUGUGGGAUCAGUUUCACAAGCGUGGCACUGAAAUGGUUAUCACCAAAUCGGGAAGGAGAAUGUUCCCGCCAUUUAAAGUUAGGUGCACGGGACUGGAUAAGAAAGCCAAGUAUAUUUUGUUAAUGGAUAUUGUGGCGGCAGAUGACUGUAGAUACAAAUUUCACAACUCACGCUGGAUGGUAGCUGGAAAAGCUGACCCUGAAAUGCCAAAGCGAAUGUACAUUCACCCAGAUAGCCCAGCUACUGGUGAGCAAUGGAUGUCUAAAGUCGUCACUUUUCACAAGCUGAAACUGACAAACAACAUCUCCGAUAAACAUGGAUUUACUAUUUUGAAUUCCAUGCACAAGUACCAACCUAGGUUUCACAUUGUUCGUGCGAACGACAUUUUGAAACUUCCUUACAGUACUUUUCGGACAUACGUUUUCCCUGAGACAGAAUUUAUAGCCGUAACUGCAUAUCAAAAUGAUAAGAUAACCCAGUUGAAAAUCGACAACAACCCAUUUGCCAAAGGCUUCCGUGACACGGGGAAUGGGAGGAGAGAGAAAAGGAAACAGUUGGCUAUCCAGUCACUGCGAGUUUACGAAGAACAGCAGAAAGGCUCCAAAGAGAACGGAACAUCGGAUGAUUCCUCCAAUGAGCAGUCCACCUUCAAAUGCUUCGCUCAGUCCGCAUCUCCCGCUGUUUCCACUCCGGGGACUGCCAACUUAAAAGGCGCUCUGCAAAGUGAUGGGGAAGAAAGCGAUAUAGAUACUAAAGAUGAUCCCAUUCAUGGGGAGACAGAUUCUGAGAAACUGUCCACGACCUCCGAACAGCGAAAAGAUGAGCGCAAUACUAUCAAAUCGCAUCAACGCCCCUCGGACACUAUGAGCAGAAUUAGAGAACAUGAAAGCGCUAGGACUGAUAAGAGUUUGGCGGAUUUGCAGCCUAGCCCGACAAACACUUCCUCCAGCACUAUAGUGGUUAAUGGCGAAGGAUCGGAGAUCAAAAGCCCAGUCAGGAACCAUCAGAAAGGAGAGGAAUCCAGUGCGUUGAGCAAAGAGGCUUUUUCACCCCUAACCGUGCAGACGGACAGCAUCUCACACCUGAACCACGGACCUUUACAAAACUUCGCCUUUUCUCACAAUUUAUCUGGUCAGCACUUCUUUACCCCACUGGGCGCAGGACAUCCCCUUCUCUUGCACCCUAGCCAUUUUGCUAUGGGUGGGGCCUUCCCAAAUAUGGCAGCAGGUAUGGGCCACCUUCUGGCCUCCAUGUCAGCCUCCGCGGGCGGGAUCGGCAGCUUGGACCCCCUAGCUUCUUCACAGCAGGGAUUACCUGGAGGAUCAGCGGCCGCUCUACCCUAUCAUCUCCAGCAGCACGUUCUUGCCUCUCAGGGUCUUGCGAUGUCUCCUUUUGGUAGUCUUUUCCCUUACCCCUACACCUACAUGGCGGCUGCGGCCGCUGCGUCCAUGCCUGCUGGAGCUCCUACAUCAGCUGCGUCGUCCAUACAUCGCCACCCGUUCCUCAGCGCCGUCCGGCCUCGCUUGAGGUAUAGCCCUUACACCUUCCCCGUCCCCGGAAUGGACAGCAGCAGUUUGCUGACUACCACCGUGCCAUCAAUGUCCACCCCAGGCGAGGCUAAAGUCAACAGCAUGGCAACAAGUCCUGUGUCGGCGGGCCUAGACUCGGGCUCGGAGCUCAACAGCAGGUCCUCGACUCUCUCCUCGGGAUCCGUCUCCCUGUCUCCGAAGCAGUGUUCAGAGAAGGAAACGUCCAGCGAGCUGCAGAACAUCCAGCGUCUGGUCAGUGGACUGGAAACCAAACAGGAUCGGUCGACCAGGAGCGGUUCCCCCUGAUAGGACGGCGAGAGCCGAGAGCCAGCGAGGCUUUGCAUGUCAUACGCGUAUUAUCUGGUUUCUUUUUUAAUGCUAGUGUAGAGCCUUGAUCAUAUCGAGUUUCCCAGAUUAGCAACAAAAAGUAGCCGAAAAGUGGAAGAUGGGGAUUUCCAGACACCAUCCGUAGUUGGGUUGUAGAUGUCAAUCUGCUUUUCAUAUAUAUGCAAUAACAGAAGGAAACGGAGACUAUUAUAAAGUAUUUAAAUAAUUAUUUGAUAACGUGUAAAUAUACUGAAAUUAGAAUACACGAAAUUAUUCUUUAAUUUAUUGUUGUUGUACAUACAUCUGUAUAUAAGGCUGCAAGCCUUUAUUCGCUAGUCAUACCCAUUUCAAUUCAACUCCUUAUUAAUCAGAGUGCCGGCAUUGUUACCACUAUUUUACCUAGUAAUGUACCUUCCUACAUUAAAACAAAACCUUUGUAGAGUACAAGAUGUGCCAUUUUUAGCUUUUACCAUUGUUUCAGUGUUAAAGUGCUACUGUCUUUACAGUUCGGAGUAACAAAAAAAUGGGCUCACAUGUUGCUUAAAAAGUAAUGAGGACGCUGUUGGGGGGGGGGGAGGGUGGGCUUCUUGGUGUGUCCAGACGAAUAGAAAUUUUAUGCUUACAGCUUGAAAGUGCCGAGAGUUUAAAAAAAAAACUAAAUGAAGGUAUAUUUUGUGUUAUAAAAUACUGAAUUUUCUUGGUUUCCUUGUACUAUUGGUUUCACUUUGAAGUUCUCAUAAAAUGUUUCAAUAAAUUUUUAUCCAAGUCUCUUGUACUUGUUAUUCCUAUCAACUGCUCAGAGUAAUCUGUAGAAGAUGAGUUUGGUGGGGUGAUUGUAUUACUUGAUAAUUGGCUUUAAAAAUGUUCACUUACUGUUAGGUGUGAAAUUUCUUGCAAGCAGUUCUAUCAAUUUUCAAGGUAUUGUCAUGGGUCCUCCUACAUUGUUAUACCUGCCUUCUACACUGUGAUGGAUUUCUUUAUUUACCUCACGUGCUGUCGAUUAUCUCUCCCUUUCCACAGUGUUACAUGCCGCCCUGUAUUCAUCGUCCCACUGCAUACUACUGACUCUUCAGUUCGUAACAUCGUUCUUGACAAUAUGCGCUUUGUCUGCAAUAUCGUUACUUCUCUGUUCGGUAAACUCAUUAUCAAUCCUAAAUAUUCUCCCUUCCUACCACAGACCCAAUCCCCCACUGCUUUGUGUAUCUUCGUCAUUGUAUUUCCUAAUUUAUUUCUAUAAACGUUUCUUCUCUCUGUGAUAAGUACACCCCAUUCACACUGUGCCAGGUAACCUUUCCAUUGUAUCGUGAAAACUCAAUAUUCUUCCAAUAGUAUUACUCACGUGAAGCUGCCUUGAUAAGCUUUCUCAAUGAAUUACACACACCAUUCCCCAAUUGUUAAACUUUCUCCCCCCCCCACUGUAAAAUUCAUGGACUCAAUGAUUCCCUAAAACCUCAACGAAACAAGUUGAUGGCAUUUCUAUUCCCUUUUGCGGCAGCAAUUCAAUUAUUAUUCUUGCCCAUCCGUGGACAAAAAGCGGUAGUUUUACUUGACAGAAUUUUUCAAGUUAAAAGUGCAACACUGGUUUUAAAAAUGCCACCCUCUCUGACAUCACAAUUCUAGAGCCGAGAUCUGAGGUUAGAAUUUGUAAGUGAACAUGCUACAUACAU